AUGAGGUUGCUCACCUUUUGCGCUGCAGCCCUCGGGUUGACCUGCGCCAGGGCUUUGACAGUCCCUGAAGUCUUUGAAAAGAUCGAGCAAAAACUGCCCACUAGGGAAGCUCCUCCACCAAAAUACUUCCUGGAAUCAGAGGCAUCCGCUCAUUACGACGACAAAUACUUUCAUGAAGUUCUGGAGCCUGAAGAUCAGUACGCAGGCAUCAGAGUUCUCAUGCAAACAUAUCUAGCUACAUUCCGUGAUCUAGGCAUUCAGACAUGGCUCAUGCAUGGUUCCCUACUUGGUUGGUGGUGGGGAAAGAAGGUCAUGCCAUGGGACUUGGACGCUGAUGUCUCGGUGACUGAGGCGGACAUGUACUACCUGGCUGCCUACUACAACAUGACCAUCUACUACUUCCAGUAUGAGGGUUGCCCGAAUGGCAGUUUCUUCCAGCUUGACAUAAACCCGGCGUUCAAGUACCGCGGCAGGGACGAUGGAAACAAUUUCAUUGAUGCUCGCUGGGUUGACAUGCAGACCGGACUGUUCAUCGACAUCACAGCGGCGAGAUAUGACCCUGGGCAUGAGAUGGGCGAUGGUGUCAUGUACGACAAGCACGAUCAUGAGUUCAAGGACAAGUACAUCUUUCCUCUCCUUGACACCACCUUCGAGGGUGUUUCCGCCAAGGUGCCCUAUAGGUACAAAGAGAUCCUUACCUCGGAAUAUGGCCGGGGAUCCAUAUCAAGGACUGACUUCCAUGGACAUCGAUUCAAUACUAAACUUAUGCAAUGGGUUCCCAUUAACUAA